UACGUCUGCGACGCUGCAGCCUACACCUCCCACAACUCCACGCGUUUUCUGUACAUUGGCUCAUGUUAUACAUGGGGGAAUAUGAGAGCUGCGGAGGAACCGAAAGCGACAGCGGCAGCCCUGGCGAUAAGUAUAACGAUAAAUAGUCACCGUGGAGCGGUUGACGUUUAAUGCCAAACCACGUAAAACAGGCUGUCGUUAAAGAUAGGAUAACUGUGUUUUGGCGUUGUAGUUUUUUUUUUCAUAUAAAUUUGGCGUGAACGGGGGUAAGGCACCUCCCUGCCUGCGCCGCGCCGGGGUGCGUGUGCGUUUUUCGGUAGGCUUUAUUGCAUCACCGCGCCGCGGUGCGUUACUGUAACCGACCCGAGGUGCCACGCCGCCGGUUACAGUUGCCGUUACAGUCGGCCGAUACUAUGUCAGAAACACAGAAAGACGAAGUAUUACCGCGAACCUGUCCUGCUGAGCUAUGCAAUGAAAAAAUGGCAACUUUGGUCUCUAACAGCUGCGCUUUGUAGCCAUAAAGUGCAAGUGUGCCGAGAACUGUAGCGGGGCGGUUUCUGUGCCUGUUAUUAGAAGCUUUGAACUGCAACGAAAUAGGCCGCCCCCAUGGAACGAGCAGGAAGCAUCCAACUCGAUAUUCCGGACUUCAGCAACUCCGUCCUGUCACACCUGAACCAGCUGCGCAUGCAGGGUCGCCUGUGUGACAUUGUGGUCAACGUUCAAGGCCACAGCUUUCGCGCCCACAAGGUGGUCCUCGCCGCCAGCUCCCCAUACUUCAGGGACCACAUGUCGCUGAGCGAGAUGAGCACCGUUUCCAUCUCGGUGAUCCGCAAUCCGUCCGUGUUCGAGCAGCUCCUUUCGUUCUGCUACACGGGCCGCUUGUGCCUGCAGCUCGCCGACAUCAUCAGCUACCUGACGGCCGCCAGCUUCCUCCAAAUGCAGCACAUUAUCGACCGCUGCACUCAGAUUUUAGAGGGGAUCCACUUUAAGAUCAACUUGUCGGAUGUCGAGGAGGAGCUGGGAAGCGGAGCGCACCGGACGGCCAGCCAUACCAUUGAGUCGGGGAGGAGUGGAUCGGCACUGGGGGGGUCCCGCUCUAUAAGUCCCAGACACGGAAGUGCGAGGUUGAUCGGCAACGCUGGAGGGGUGAUCAACAUCCGUGACGUCAGGGAGGUGCGAGAGAUCAGUCCACCGGGGGAGUCCAUGAGCCCGCAGAUAGUGGAGCACAGUGGAAUUGGGUCUGAGGAGGUGGGGUCCGGGAAAGAGCCCAUUCUGCGUAUCAACCGGGCCGGUCAGUGGUACGUGGAGACGGGGACUGCGGCGGAGAGGGGAGGAGAUGAAGCCAUGCGUGUCGUGGAUGGGUUUCGGAUUAAGACGGAAAGGAUGGAAGAGUGGACUCAGGCAUCAGCGGAGGAGGGGAGUGGGGCAGAGGAGGGGCCGAUGGUGAUGAUUGACACAUCGGGUCGUAGCACGCUGGUACAGGAGGGGGCACGAGGAGGAAAAAGUUCACAGCCUUCCAGUAGCUUCAGUGAGACGGACAGGUUUAGUCCAACAGGAAGUGUGGUUGUGAUGGCUGAUCGACAGAGAGCCAAGAGUGAGUCUCCAGGAAGAGUGGAUGACCAGAGACACCCCACCUCACAGGGAGAAGAACAGGCUGUGUUUGACAUGGGAGGAUACGAAGAGUACCUUCGAGAACAGGUAGGAGAUAGAUGGUUCCGCUACAACCCCCGACUGACCUGCAUCUACUGCUGCAAGUCCUUUAACCAGAAAGGCAGCUUAGAUCGCCACAUGAGGCUGCACAUGGGCAUCACCCCCUUCGUGUGCCGCAUCUGCGGCAAAAAAUACACCCGCAAGGACCAGCUCGAGUACCACAUCCGAAAGCACACGGGUAACAAGCCCUUCCAUUGCCACGUGUGCGGCAAGAGCUUCCCCUUCCAGGCCAUCCUCAACCAGCACUUCCGCAAGAACCAUCCAGGCUGCGCCCCGCAGGAGGUGUCGCACAGCGCCUCGCCCGAGACCACCACGGUCACCUCCCGCGGAGGCCAGAACGAAGACGAGUCGCCCACUCAGGAAGAGUCUGAGGGAAAUGGCGGGGCGGGAGGUGCUGGUUCGUCAUUCGGAGAAGGGGUUCAACCCUCGGUCUCCACCACCGGGCCCGAUUGAAAAGCUCAGAGUUGGAAAACAUAAAGAGUUUGUGGAGGCAGAGAACAUGGGGGUCCAACAUGAUUCUCUGUUCUUUGACUCCCAACAUCAGAAACUGAGAUAACUUUGGGAAAGCCAGCAGGAGUUUUUUCAGCUGCUGUCAACAAAGAACGGAUAAAAAGGGAGAUUCUACUAGAAUGUUAAGAAAGUUAAUAGGAUAAAAAAAUGCAACGAACAGUUCGCUAGGACUAGUAUUCUUUAGGGAUUUAUAAAUGGUAUUUCCGCUUUAAACCGCAUCUACCUUCACCGUACAAACUGAACAGGACAUCAUCAAAUGAAGACAAGCCACACUCCGGCAACCUCACACUCGAUGCAGUGAUCUUUUGUUUUGUUUUUAGCCUCUCCUGUCUUUUAUAUACGUUAGGUUUUUUAAUAUUUUUGUACUACUACAAAUCUUCGGAAUUCAGGACGAGCAAAAGAGAAGCUCUAGCUACGAUUUGGUCAGAUUCCGUCGAAAUUGCCAAACUUUUCUGUGCCAGAAUUCUAAAAUGAGGACGUCGAUGUCCCUUGCUAUUCUGCCUUGAGACAAUCUUAAGAAAUUCAUCUGGGGGUGGACGUCAUACUCCCCGGCCAUGGCAAGCUUAGAAAAACGGGUUUGUUUUUUAUUAGGGACCCUCAGGUCUGACCCAACAUCAGAUUUUUUUUAAUUUUGUUUAUUAAGUGCCGUUUCGGCCUGCCGUAACAUCAAAACGCAUUGCUCACUUAACUUACAGGCCUCAGAUAUAACGCAAAGAAAUUCUAGUCGUAGAAUCGGUCGUACAGGUUCUACAAAUGGAAAAGUUCAUAAGUUUAACACUCACAUUGUUUUAUGUUUUCACGUUGGUCAUUAUACUGUGAUAUAGGCACGCUGGGGGAAAAGCGGUAGAAUAAGAUAGAAUAUAGCAAUGGUAUACGUAUUGCGUUUUCUUUCCCGGCAAAGCCUUCGUUUAGCUCCCUACACACAACCCCAGCUGCUGAAUGUUGAUGAAACAUAAAAAACAGGAAAUUCUUCAACCCCAGAUAAGCUACAAUACCGCUCAGUUACCUCUCUCACACAUCACUACGCAAUACCGAUCUGUCACACACAGAUACGUGGAUGCACUCAACUGUAUUUUACGUUCAGUGUUUUUUUUUUUUUUUAUUUUU